UGUAGAAUUUUCCCUAAAAAAUGCUCUCGAGUCUCAAGGCGAGGUUUCCGCACGAGAAGAGAAAGCCGGCACGAUUCUCUUCCUCAGAUCUUCUUCUUCAAGUGGCAGGAUCCUGAACCCCGAUCUUAGGACCUUUUGUUCUCAUUUUCUUUUCGUCUGAACACUUUGGAUAGAAGAAACAAAGCAAAUAUCAACAUGGGGAUCCCGGCAGAUUUGAGAGAUGCCUGGAUAAAUAGAAGGAAAUCAAUUUUGAUUGCUUCUCCUGCUGAAGAACAAAAAAUACUCCGAUCUAAACGUUGUACUGAAGAAGGGGUUCGUGCCGGAGCCAAGGCAGCAGCAGUUGCAUGUGUCGUCAGUGCGGUGCCAACGUUGGUUGCGGUUCGUGUAAUCCCUUGGGCAAAGGCAAACCUCAAUUAUACUGCUCAAACACUUAUUAUAUCUGCAGCUUCAAUUGCUGCCUACUUCAUUACUGCUGAUAAAACCAUUUUGGAGUGUGCAAGGAGAAAUAGCAUUGCAGAGUUGGAGAAAACAGCUUAACAGGUUGGAAUGGAUGUAACAAUGUUCCUGGAUCACAAUGAACAGAUCUUACUAAUGUUUUCUUUUGGUUCUGAAUAUGGAAAAUGCUUAUCUAAGUCAUCCGUUCUACUCCUAUCUUAAUGUAUUUAUUUUCAGUUUUCUCUGUAUAAUAAACAGGAAUUGUUGUUGUGCUUUACUUUUUUUUUUAACAUCACUUCUCUGGUUCA